AGAGUCAGACUUCAGACUUCCUGGAGAAGGUACCAACUACCCCAAAAAACGGGGAGAGAAAAAUGAAAUGAGCUCUUUUCUAUCUAUUCACAAGAAAAUAACAACGACAACCCCAUGUUCUGUAUUUCUUGUAGUUUAUUUACGAAGAGCCUCAUUUCCUGAAGCAUCCCUUAUGUUUUGGUAUCUUCUCCGAUUUCCCAAAAUCACCGGCGAGUAAAGUUGUUAUCUUUACUGUGAUAUAUACAUGCUGCAUUGCUGCUGCUUCUCCAUCUCCUUUUGUCCCUAGACUUCACCUUCACUCAGAUCUGGGAAAUCUGUGUUUGCUGGAGACUGAUUCAGAUAAGCAAGAGCUUGCGGUGGGCUUUCGCUUGUAUUUACUGUUUGAGCUCACGCGGCGUCCCAAGGGUAAAUCCAUAUGCCAUAGAUGAAUUUCCCUGUUUCUAUGGACUUGAUUUGCUUUUUCAAAAUCUUGGAUACAAGGAGCUGUCACUGUGAAUUGAGAGGGUAGGCUUUCUGGGUCUCUGCUGAUUUCGUUUUCUCUGGUACUGUACUGGUUUUUGCUUCCUCAUUGAGAUUUGCUACUGUCUCGAAGUUAUCCUCGAGGAAUGGCCAUAAUGGAGAGGAUUUUAGUUAAGGGACUGUUCCGUGUACUGAAUCUAGUGAUAAUCUCAGUGAUCCUAGCCACUGGGGAAGCUCAAUCAAAGUCGAUUUUCAUUAAUUGCGGUUCAAAUUCUUCCGUAAAUGUUGAUGACAGAAGAUGGAUUGGGGAUAUGGCCCCUAAUAACAAUAUCACCCUUAGUUCUCCUGGUAUUGCUGCUUCAGCCUCCACAUUAAGUGGCAAUUCUUCCUUUGACCCUCUCUACAAAACCGCCAGAUUUUUCACUGGUGCUUGCAAUUACACAAUUGAAGGUGUUCAGGGGAACUAUGUUGUCAGGCUCCAUUUCUGUCCCUUUGUGCUUGAGAACUACAAUGUAAAUGAGUCCUCAUUUGAUGUUGUGGCCAAUGGUCUGAAACUACUGGCGGAGUUCAAUGCUCCAGGAGAGAUAUCGCACAAGAACAUGGACUUGCAGAAUUCUGGAAGCAAUUCAACUUCAUUUUUCUUGAUUAAAGAAUAUAUUCUUGCUGUCAAUUCAGGUAAGCUUGUGAUUGAACUCAUCCCAACGAAAAGCUCCUUUGGCUUCAUCAAUGCCAUUGAGAUUGUCCCAGUUCCAGAUGAGCUUUUUGCAGGCUCUUUCAAUAAAGUCGGUGGGAGUGAUGCAAAUUUGAAUUUGACUGGACGUGGGAUGGAGACCAUGUACAGGUUGAAUGUUGGUGGUCCCAAAAUCACAUCCAAUGAGGAUAAAGAUAUUUGGAGAACUUGGGAAGUGGAUUCUAGCUACAUGAUCAUAGAAAGUGCUGGGUCAGGAAUAAAGAACAGUUCUAAUAUAACAUAUGCUUCACUGAAUGAUUCUUCAGUGGCUCCUCUCAUUGUGUAUGAGACUGCAAGGACAAUGUCCAACACUGAAGUCUUGGAGAAAAGGUUUAACAUGUCUUGGAAGUUUCAAGUGGACCCGGAAUUUGAGUAUAUGAUCCGAUUACAUUUCUGUGAGCUGAUAUUUGAUAAGGCAAAUGAGAGGAUUUUUAGGAUCUAUAUAAACAACAAGACAGCAGCAGAUAACAUCGAUAUAUUUGUACGAGCAGGAGGGAUGAAUAAAGCAUAUCACCAGGAUUAUGUAGAUGGUGUGUCCUCAAGAAUCAACACACUGUGGGUUCAGUUAGGUCCUGAUUCAGCUGCUGGUGCUGCCGGAACUGAUGCCCUUUUAAAUGGGCUAGAAAUUUUCAAGAUUAGCCGAAAUGGGAAGCUGGCCUAUGUAGAGAGAUAUGGUUCAGCAGGCAAUUUAGCUAGCAAAUCAAAAACUCGAAUUCUUUGGAUGGGAAUUGGAGCAGUUCUAGCUUCUGUUGCCAUAAUUACAUUAUUAGUUGCUUUGUUUUUCUGGUUUUGCAAAAGAAGCAGGAAAACAACAAGUGAUACCAAAAGCAGUGCUCCAGGUUGGCGGCCAUUGUUUCUUUAUGGCGCUACUGUGAACAGCACUGUUAGUGCCAAGGGAUCAGCAGGACUUCAGAAUCCAUAUGGAUCAGUGGCAUCAACUCGACUUGGCAAGCGGUUCACACUAGCAGAAAUUCGUGCUGCGACAAAAAAUUUUGAUGAGGGUUUGAUAAUUGGAGUUGGAGGCUUUGGUAAGGUGUACAAGGGAGAGAUUGAUGAUGGGGUCCCUGCUGCAAUUAAGCGAGCCAACCCUCAGUCUGAGCAAGGUGUGGCUGAAUUUGAGACAGAGAUUGAGAUGCUCUCGAAACUCAGGCAUAGGCAUCUUGUGUCCCUGAUUGGAUUCUGUGAAGAGCAAAAUGAAAUGAUUUUGGUUUAUGAGUAUAUGGCAAAUGGUACUCUCAGAAGUCAUCUAUUUGGGAGCGAUCUUCCACCACUAACUUGGAAGCAGCGCCUAGAAGUAUGCAUAGGAGCUGCAAGAGGACUCCAUUAUCUGCAUACAGGUGCAGAGCGGGGGAUAAUCCACCGGGAUGUCAAGACAACCAAUAUAUUGUUAGAUGAGAACUUUGUAGCCAAAAUGUCUGAUUUUGGCUUGUCAAAAGAUGGUCCUACAUUGGACCAUACUCAUGUUAGCACAGCUGUGAAAGGAAGUUUUGGUUACCUCGACCCUGAGUACUUCAGACGACAGCGGCUAACUGAGAAAUCAGAUGUGUACUCUUUUGGUGUUGUGUUGUUUGAAGUUGUUUGUGCUCGAGCUGUGAUAAAUCCUGCAUUGCCUAAAGAUCAAAUCAAUCUUGCAGAAUGGGCAAUGAGAUGGCAGAGGCAAAGGUCGCUUGAAACUAUCAUCGAUCCACGCCUUGCAGAAGGCUAUCAUCUUGAGUCCCUGUCUAAGUAUGGAGAGAUAGCAGAAAAAUGUCUUGCUGAUGAGGGGAAGAACAGGCCCACAAUGGGGGAGGUGUUGUGGCACUUGGAGUAUGUUCUGCAACUUCAUGAAGCUUGGCUGAACACUAGAAGCAGAGAAGUUUCAUUCUCAAGUAGCCAAGCUUUAAGAGGAGUGAAAGAGGGAGAACCAGAAGAGAUUCAGGAGCCAUUGGCUGGCGUAGUUGAAGAGAAUAGCUCUGCUACAAGAGGAGGCAAGGAAAUGGAUGUUGCAGAUUGAGUUAUUUCUAUAAAAACAGUUUAGUUUGUUGAUUCUUUCAAUUUGUUUUAUUGAAUUUAAGUUGUUUAUUACUAUUAUUAUUGGAUAUAUAUUCACUUCACAUGGUAGUGAAAUGGAUAAAUUAUGAACCUUUUGUGUCGAAAAUCCUAACCCUGUGAUGCUUUUCUGUUGUGGAGUCAAGUCUCAAUUAUAUUCA